ACCCUGUCAAUCUCAAAAGCGGUGAAGCAUUUUGUUCUUUGACCCCCUCCAACCUCUUACAUUGAGACUCCGACAUUGUAAAUAUCCUCGAUCGACCCGAAAUAUCUGCAGCACCAUUACAAACGAGUUCUACACCGCCGACUCGAAUUCACAAUGGCCGACACCACCGUCUACCGAGCCAGCACCACUGCCCCUGUCAACAUUGCCGUUGUCAAGUACUGGGGCAAGCGUGAUGCCAAGCUCAACCUCCCUACCAACUCCUCCAUCUCCGUCACCCUCUCCCAGGCCGAUCUCCGAACCUUGACGACCGCCUCCUGCUCGACCAUCUUCACCAGCGACAGCCUCACUUUGAAUGGCGAGGACUCUGAUAUUUCCGGAGCCAGAACACAAGCGUGCUUCAGAGAAUUGAGAGCCCGCCGUGCUGCGCUCGAGGAGAAGGACGCCUCUCUCCCCAAGCUCGCCGCCCUGCCCCUCAAGAUCGUCUCUGAGAACAACUUCCCCACCGCUGCUGGUCUUGCUUCUUCUGCUGCUGGAUUCGCUGCUCUCGUCCAGGCCAUUGCCAACCUGUACCAGCUUCCCGACUCUCCCUCUGAGCUCUCCAAGUUUGCCAGACAAGGCUCUGGCUCUGCUUGCCGUAGUCUCUUUGGCGGUUACGUUGCUUGGCGUAUGGGUGAGAAGGAGGAUGGAAGCGACUCUCUUGCCGACCUUGUUGCUCCUGCUUCUCACUGGCCUAGCAUGCGCGCCUUAAUCCUUGUUGCCAGUGCUGCCAAGAAGGGUGUCUCUUCUAGCUCUGGUAUGCAGCAGACCGUUGCCUCAUCCGGUCUCUUCCAAGAGCGCAUCAAGACCAUUGUUCCCGCCAACAUGGACCUUAUGGAAGAUGCCAUUAAGAACCACGACUUUGAGAAGUUUGCCGAGGUUACCAUGCGUGACUCAAACUCUUUCCACGCCUGCUGCGCCGACACAUACCCUCCCAUUUACUACAUGAACGACACUUCCCGCGCCGCCGUCCGUGCUGUCGAGGCUAUCAACGCCAAGGCUGGCAAGACCAUUGCUGCUUACACCUUCGAUGCUGGACCCAACUGCGUCGUCUACUACCUCGAUGAGAACAAGGAUGCCGUUUUGGGUGGCUUCGCUGACGCUCUCAAGGCCGUGUCUGGCUUCGAGCAGGGUGCUGUCGCUGCAGUUGCUGGUGUCAUCGACGAGACUGUCACCAGCAUCCUCCAGGAAGGCGUCACCAGAGUCAUCAUGACUGGUGUCGGUGAGGGCCCUCAGAAGACCGAGGAGUUCUUGGUUGAUGCUGAUGGCACCACCUCCAAGCGAUAGGUUGCAUUAAGUACCAAAAGAAAAAGGCAUAGGGCAGUUGAUGAGUGAAAUUAUAAGCAUGGAAGAACUGGGUAGGAUUAAAACAUUUUAUAAAUAGAUUCUCAUAUAUUUUAAUUUUUGACAUAAUAUUCG